AUGCAAAAGCAGACGCCAAUCCCUCGGGAGAUCCAUCGUUUAUUCGUACAGACCGAGGACGAGGUCUUGGCCUGCUUCCAGCCUGUGUCGGGGGAGAGGUUCCUGGUGCUCACGUAUCGGAAGCGGAGCCGACUCAAGGGGCUGAAGGGCACGCUCCAGGUCUGCAAGCUCGUCCAAGGGAGCUACCAGGUCCGCAAGGCUUUCCGUACAAAGGCGCUCUCUCGCAUGGAGUGCUUCCCCGGCACGGGCCUGGUCGAGCUGUCCUUCUCACGCCACGCCUUCACCUCCGGGGAGGUCAAGCUGGCAUUCAGGCUGAGCUCCGAUGCCCUGCGUCUGGAGUUUCUGGGCAUCCUCUACGACUUUUGCACGAAGCAGGAGCACUGCCAGCCAGCCAUGCUCGGCAUCCAGGACCUGGAGCUGAGGGUGUUCGCCGCCAAUGCCGGCGCACCCCAGGCCAAGGCGACCGCGGGUGUGGACCUGCCCGGGGUCGCAUCCCAGCCCGCCCCCAGGGCCGCAAAACCGCACAUCGUCCAGGGUCGCGCAGGGUCUGUUUCGAGGAACCCACCGCGCGAGGAUCGGCAGCUGGAGACGCUGCUGGCCCUCGUGGCGGGCGCGGGCGGCAGCCUGGAGGAAGUCACCCUGCAGCUCACCACCGAGCUGGAAGCCCUGGAGGAUGCGGGGGUGCAUGAGUUGCUGGAAAGCGAGGACCAGGUGCUGAGCCUGAGGCAGGACCUGGAUGCCACCAUCGGCCUGCUGGAUGACCUGGAGGACAACCUGUCCAUCUUCGACGCCAAGAUGGGGCUGAUGCGCCAGGACGUGGCAGCCAUCGAGGUGCGGAACAACCAGCUGGAGACCCAGUCGCGCAACGACGGAGCGCUGCUGGACACCCUGGACUCGCUGCUCAGUCAGCUCGCACUGGGGCCGGACACCGAAAAGAUCCUCAUGCACCGCCAGCUCAGCAUGUCGGGGGUGGGCGCGUUUGUGGCCGCCUUUGACGAGCUGAGCCGCCGCGUGGUCUCCCUCAGCAGCACCUCUGGGGCCCUGCCGGGCCACCUGCGCGCGAUGACAGCGAUUCAGAGGCGGGGGGUGGAACUGGCGGCGCUGCAGCGCGGCGCCCUGGCCAGGGCCGUCGCCUUUGUCGAGUCUGAGCUCGCCGCCGGCCACCAUAAAGGCGUCGACCUGGCCGGCCUGCACGCCCACGCGCGGCAGCUGCGCCCGCUGCUGGCGCUCGCGGCGCGCGUCUCCCCCGCCGACCUCGACCGAUUGCGGCGCGGCUACUGCGCCGCGAUUACCGCGCUGCUCGCUCGCAGUGCGCGGGAGAUCGCGGAGGCGGCGCGCAGCGCCGCCGCACAGCUGACCAAGACGCUGUCCGCCGCGCUGCCGGCAACCCCAGUCAGCCAAGCGUCCGUAGCCCCACGCGGCCAGUCCUUUGCCAUGCCCCGGCGGCAGGAGAAUGCGCUCCUCGCUUCGCAGGCGGACCCGGAGGCACGGGCGGCUGAGCCCGACGCCCCGGUCCUGGAGACAGCGUUUGUCACCGGGCUCCAGAAGCUGUUGGACACGUUCAUCCCCCUGGCUCAGCGAGAGCUGGACGUGGCCAGUGAGAUAUUCAGUUGCAGCGAGGACGGCAGCGACCCGGGGCCUGCGGACCAAGGUCCACGGGACCUGGGCGAGGUCCUCGUCUCGGGGCCUGGCCAGCACAUCCUGAACCUGGCCUCGGAAAUGCAGGGCCCACACGCCCUGGUGGGCAUCCCUGCCCUGGCAGCCGUCUUUGCCUGGCAGCGGCGGCUCACGCGGUCUGGGCAGGGGAAAGGAGAGGACGAGGUGGCCUCUGCACUCCUGGGGCUCCUCGAGCGCGUGGAGGCGCAGCUCACCGGUGCUGUCGAUGCCGCGAACGAGAGCAGCCUGGCCGGCAUGCGCAGGUAUGUCGCGCAGCGCUCCACCAGCGCAUUGUCCGCCUCGGCGGUCAAGUCGACGCAUGUCCUCCCUUUCCUGCCACGCUUCCUGGAGAGCGUGCGGCGCGUGGAGGCGGCGCUGAGCCAGGGCGGCCCGGGGCCGCGCAACUCGCCCGGACGAGGCGCGGGGCUCGCGACGCUGAGCGGCGUCCGGGGCGGGCCGCCUCGGCCGUCCCCCUUUGGGGCCGCGCCAGGCGCCGAGCCCGGCGCCGCUGCAGCGGGGCAGGCUGCCGCCCUAGCGCUGGCCCGCCGCGGCUGGGCCACGCAGCUGGCGGGCGCGCUGGCGGCGGUGGGCGAGGUGGCAGCCCGGGAUCAGAAGCACGGGCCCCGCAUCUGCCUGGAGAACUACGUCCUCCUGCAGCGCACAUUCCAGGCGAGGCGCCUGUCGCGGCGGGAGGGGCCCCUGGCUGAUGUCGCCCAGAGGGUGGACACGGAGUGCCAUGCCGCCGAGGCCGCCUACAUCGAGCAGCAGGUGGACUACUUUGGCUUCACCCCGGUCCUGGCGCUGAGCAGGAAACUGGAUGAUCUGUGCAAUAGCCAGCCCAGCACCCGACCCCCGGCCCCCAUCAGCUUGUCAGACGCGACGUCGAUGCUGGAGGCCAUCUGCCUCUCGCGCUGGGAGCGCAUUCCCAAGCAGCUGCGUACCUGGUACCCUACCUUUGACCUCCCACUCACUGUGCCCCAGCUCAAGGCACAAUUCUUGAGCACAAAGCCCAUGCAGACCAAGGCAGCGCCGUGA